CUAGUUAUAAAUGGGGUUAUGACUUAUGAUCGUAUUUUAAAGUAAAACAAACACUUAAAUAAAAGCAAUCCCUUAAUUAUGACUGCACAUACUAUUUGAUUAAAUUAAGUAUAAUAGUGUACAAUAUGUCGCUUAACAUAAAACCUUAUCGACUUUGUCGGGCAUUCUUUAUAACCUCUCGAAACUAUUGCCAAGAGAAAUCUAUUUAUCAGCGUGAUGAAGAAGGCCCACAACCACGAAUGGUGCACGGGAAGCUGUACCCCGACUGGAGGAAGCCAUGGAUACAACGCGACGGAGAAUGGACCAGCAAGUUGUCGGUUUUUGUAGAGAAAAACCCUAAUCCGAAUAUCUUGAAUGCACUCUCCAAACUACCGAAUUUAACCUUGCAAGAUGUAAAGGAAUGGUGGGGCAGUAUGAAGGUGCUGCAAGAGAUUAAGAACCAGGAGUUUCUGCCACAGAGAGUGGCUACUCUUGGGUCUAAUCUGGCAGCACUGCACUUCUUUACAUACAGAGCUUGUGCCGUUAGAUUGAAAGGAAAAAAGGAAUGGAUAACUGGAGAUGCAACAAACCUAAACCUUCCCAGCCAGUACGAAGAAGGGUAUUUUGUAGAAGCUGUAGAUUGCACCAAUUUCCUUCAUAAUGGUAUCCGGUAUGAAGGCAUCCAAAAUUUCUCUGGCCUCAACUUCCUCAAAUGGGUAUCAUUGAGGAAUAAUAAACAUGUCGAUGUUUGGUGUCUGGACAGAUUGGCCGGUCAGAAUGGGAAAAGCUUAGAACACUUAGAUAUCCGAGGCUGCAACCUGUGUGUUGGCGGAGUUUCUGCCUUAGCAAGAAUGUCAGCACUGAAAACUCUGUACGUAACUGAUCCUGGUGAUAAUUUAGAGCUGCAAGCGGCUUUGUCUGUCCUAGAAGAGGAAAAUCCAAAGCUCUUGAUAAAUGCUGUUACAGAAUGAAAUGUGUGAUUUUAGUAUUGUAAUGUUAUUAGUGAUUAUAUUUUUGUUAUACAA